AUGGACCUCCAAGGCAUGCGCGACCUUGACACGGAGAAGCAGAUAUGGUCGGGUCCGUGUCGCGUUUCUCGCCUCUGGCUUGGUGUUCAUGUCACCACCGACAAAGUCCUCCACCUAGACCUCAUCCUGAUUGACACAAAGGGAAACGAUAUUUGGGUACACAUCCCACCGCUGUUGCAAGAAAAAUUCAAACGCCUGCUGAAGGAACAACAUGUCUAUAUUAUCAAGAACUGUGAGCUCAAUCCUACAGAAUCGGGGUAUCGGCCAAUUGCUAAUCCCUACAUUAUGUCAUUUUCUCGGAAAACAACUGUUCAGCACGUAUCUGAAGUCCCCUCGAUUCCGAAAUUCAAGUUUACUUUCAUGAAAGCAAGUGAUAUGCCAGACAAAUUUGGGGACACUACCAUUCUUGAAGAUGUUGUUGGCCAAUUAGUUCAGCAUUCAGAUCCAAUCUCAACCUCCAAUAUUACUCGAAAGACCAUACGAAAAGAGUUGCAAGUCAAGCUACUGGAGGGAGAUGUUGUGAAGGUCGUUGUAUGGGGAAGAUUAGUUGAUGCGGUUGAGAAGAUAAUUACUGACCUUCAGAACCAACCAAUUACAUUGGUCAUUACUGCUGUUAUUGUCAACACAUUCAAAGAAGCAUUUUCAUUCUCAUCAUCUGGAUCGACAGUGCUAUAUGCCAAUCUUGAUAUCCCAGAAGUUCGUGCAUUCACAACCAGGGAUGAGCAGCCACAACAACCUGCCUUGGUGGAACCGACACCAGCAAAACAGAUUCCAGUUAUCUCCCUUGCUGAACUUCUCGAGCUACAAUCUGAUCCUGACAUGGAGGAAAUGGUCUUCUCUGUUGAGUGUAAAGUUGUCGGCAUCAAACCAGGGUGGUGCUACAUGGGCUGUCCCAACUGUGUCUUCAAGCCUAUACAACGCCAGGGUCAGUUUUAUUGUGUCCGCUGCAACAAAACUUCACCGCAUAAGGCUGCCAAAUAUCGCAUUCAGAUCGAGGUAGAAAGUGAUUCUAGACCAGCCACAUUCACGAUGUUUGAAUAUGAAGGCAAGCGCUUUUUUGGUGUGAGUGCUGAUCAACUCUUCCACAAAACGGGUCAAAACAGUGACUCGCCGCCUGAGGAGCUGCUUCAGCUGGUGGGGUUGACAAAGAGCUUCACCAUCAAAUUCAAGAUCAAUUUGUAUGGUGAUGGGCUAGCUGAUUUCACUGUGUUGAAGAUUAAAGACCCAACACCACAGGAAAGCGAUUCAACUUUACACAAAGAUGGAUCAUGUUCAUCCAUUACCAGUGGUCUUGAAUCAAGCCUCCCUUCACCUCACCAUUCAGAACAGAUUGGUAGCAAAGAAGCUCCUGAUGAACAAGAUGAAGCAACCCCACCUCCAGACAAGAAACUGAAGACAAAAAUGGUUUAG